UGGGGGAGGGCGAGCCUGGAGUGAGAUAAGACGGAGUCAGGGGUGAAGAGGCGGAGAGAGGGCCGAGUCCUCCACCCCCACCGCCACCCCCCAUCAGAAGAAGGGAACCUGGAGUCGGAGAGACAGAGAGAGACCUACGAAAGCAGAGAUGGACGAACCACGAGCCCCACCCCCAGCCAGACAGGCAGAGAUGGGGACAGGAUGACAGCCAAGGAAAGAGCGGGGAGAGAGACUGAGGACAUCCUGCGAUGGGGAGAGAGAGAGAAACUGGCCCAGAAGUAUGACCACCAGCGGGAGCAGGAGCUCCGAGAGUGGAUCGAGGGGGUGACGGGGCGCCGCAUCGGCAACAACUUCAUGGACGGCCUUAAAGACGGCAUCAUUCUUUGCGAGUUCAUCAAUAAGCUCCAGCCAGGCUCCGUGAAGAAAGUAAAUGAGUCCACUCAGAACUGGCAUCAGCUGGAGAACAUCGGCAACUUCAUCAAGGCCAUCACCAAGUACGGGGUGAAGCCCCACGAUAUCUUUGAGGCCAACGACCUGUUCGAGAACACCAACCACACGCAAGUGCAGUCCACCCUUCUGGCCCUGGCUAGCAUGGCCAAGACGAAAGGGAACAAGGUGAACGUGGGAGUGAAAUACGCGGAGAAGCAGGAACGGAGAUUUGAGCCAGAGAAGCUAAGAGAAGGGCGGAACAUUAUCGGGCUGCAGAUGGGCACCAACAAGUUUGCCAGCCAGCAGGGCAUGACGGCUUAUGGCACCCGGCGCCACCUCUAUGACCCCAAGCUGGGCACGGAUCAGCCCCUGGACCAGGCCACCAUCAGCCUGCAGAUGGGCACCAACAAGGGAGCCAGCCAGGCCGGCAUGACUGCACCAGGGACCAAGCGGCAGAUCUUUGAGCCGGGGCUGGGCAUGGAGCACUGUGACACACUCAACGUCAGCCUGCAGAUGGGCAGCAACAAGGGAGCUUCGCAGCGGGGCAUGACGGUGUACGGGCUGCCCCGCCAGGUCUACGACCCCAAGUACUGCCUGACGCCUGAGUACCCUGAGCUGGGCGAGCCGGCCCACAACCACCACCCGCACAACUACUACAACUCCGCCUAGGGCCCCGGGCCUCCCGCCUUCCCCCAGGGAGGCUGGCUGCUGCUCUUGGCAGGGCCUAGCCUGGCCUGCCGACCCCCUCCCCCUGCAUGGCUCCUCUGGCCCCCUGGCACUUGCCUACAGGGUUAGCGUUUGGGGGGAGCAGAAGGUGGGGGGGGGGCUGUGGAGAGGGGGCUCCUCCCUGGUGUGCUGCAGGGUCCAACAUGGAGCUGGGUGUUCCCCACAGCACCCAAAGGACGCACUGAGCAAAGCUACCCCGCUGUCCCCCACUCCCCAUAGCUGGGUUCCCCCCCUGCCAGGACAAGAAGCCCUCCCAAGCGAAGCCCCCAGAGCCAAGGGUCGACCCCUCCCCACCCCAUUCCCGCAGCGGGUGCAAACUGCAUGCCCAGACCCCCAGCGGACACACGCGGUUUGGUUUGCAGCUGGCUUACGGGAUGUGACAGCGGCGUUUGUGACGCGAGCACUUUCUUUUUCUACUUCACUGGAGCACAAUAAAUGGCUGUAAAAUCA